UUUUUGAUACAAGAAUGCCGCCAAAAAUUAAACGUACUUACAGCAGAUGCAAAAAAACAACUAAUGAACAAUUUGUACAAACUGAAGAUGAUGCUUUACUAAAAUUAUCAAAUCAACUUUUAAAUGAUUUACAAAAACAUGUGACAGACCCAAAGGAACAAACUCCAGAAGAAUCAAUACGACGUCAAAUAAUUCUGUCUUCACACGUCAAAAAAUUAAGUAAAGAAAAUUUUGAACUGAAAGAUCGACUUGGGAAAAUGAAUUUAAAAUUUUCUUCAAUUUUGGACAAACUUCGAAUUUACAAGGAUAGCGCUGAUAUCCGAUUCACGAUUCCCGAAAAUCGGAAAUUUGGUUUUCUGCUCGUUAGCAUUUAUUAUGCUCACUUUGAAACAGAACAACAAAAAUCGCUUGAUAAAAUUAAAGUAAAAGAGGCUAAACUGACAAAGCUUAAGACAGAAAAAGACGAAAUUAAUUUCCAACUCCAAAAUGUUCUGAACGCGUUUCAAGUUCAAAGUCGGCUUUUAGAAGUAGCCAGAAAGGAGGCUUUUAAUGCUAGAGAAGAAAGCAAAGAAACUGAACAAAAAUUACAGGACAAGCUUUAUUUGACAACAAAUCAAAGAUGUGCAAACUGUGAGGUUAAACAAAAAGUGCAAAAUAAUUUAACUGACCAAAUUGCUGAUUUGAAGAAUAAAAUUGCCAUGAAAGAACAAGAACUUGAAGAAAGAGCAAGAAUUAAUGUAAUAUUUGCUGAAAAAGUAAAAAAAGACAAAGAAGAAUUCAAUAAAAAAGAAUUAUUGGCAAAGAAAGAAUUGGAAAAAGCAAAUAAUUUAAAAAGAGCUUAUUGUGACAAAUUGAGAGAAUAUCAAAAAGCAUUGGAAAAUGAAAGGAAUGGGAGGGCAUCGUCUAUUUCGUGUCAAUCUUUGCCUGAAUCGAGUGCUUUGACUCCUCCUGAAGAAGUUGAUAGAUCUCCUUCAGUAAACAUUAACAACAAUUCUGAAAUUAAUAAAUCUGCAACUACAAAUAAUUCUCCUACUAAACAAACUCAAAAAGACAAUUCUGCUGUUCCCCCGCCAGAAAAAAUACGGAAAACAACAUUUGAAGUUGCUAGGGGCUGGAAGGCUGUUUUGGAUUUGGCUGAUUCUUUAGAUGGUAGCAAUCGACAAAUGAAUCAACCACAACCUAAAAUGCCUGGUACAACAACAACAAUUCCUCGUAUGCCUGCUAAACCAAUUUCUUCUUUGGCACUAAAACAAAAAACUAAAGCAAAAAAGCAACAACAAAAGCAAAUAAAUUUACAUCAACUACAACAAUCAAAUCAACAAAAUAUGAGAUUAUUUAAUGGAAAUAAUUCUUUACAAAGAAACCCUUCUGAUAUUCAAUCUUCAAGCAAUACUUGGAGAAGUUCUGGAAUUAGAGUACAUGAAAACUUUCAUUCUCACAAUCAAUCUAAUAAAGAGAUGAUAAAUCGUUCUUUGCAAAAUGAAUCAAUGCUUCGACAAAAAGCUGUCCAACAAACACGUCAACAACCUGUUCCUAUUAAUCGAUUAACUAUGAAUCAACAGCCGGGGACUUCCAAUCGACAACAAGACAACUUUACUGUUAAUCGUGACCUUUUACCUUGGCAUGGAACAAUAAUAAAGCAACAACAACCAACACCAGACUCUACACCAUCAUUAUAUAGGUCAUUUUGGUGA